AGGUGGCUUGAAACGUCCUGUUCAUAAGCAUAUGCAUAAGGAAUGCUCUUGGCACACCUUGAUAAGUUACUUUGGCCUAAACAUCGAUUCCCUCUUGUAAAAACCUAAAUGGCAGCUCAGAAAAGGAAGUCUGUGUUAGUGGAGCCUUCUGCUAAACGUCCCAAGCUGGACAAGAACAGCAAACCAGCGCUGGCGAAGAAGGAAAGGGAGGUGUCAGAUUCAAAACAUGCUUCAAAUAAAUCGAAGCCUAAUCACUGUGCAGUGCAGGAUAAAACUGUACUUAAAACCUCUGUCAGCUCACACAGUGACAGCACAAAUGAACCUGAAGUAGGAGCACGCAUGACUACGAGAUCAUCAGCACUCAACUCGAGUCAUAAAACAGUACUGGACAAAAAGGCCCCACAGCAGCCUAAACCUGCAAAAAAUAAGGAGGUAUGCCAGCAAAAAUCUGUGCAAGACAUUCCUAAGUCAACAUGCAUAACUGCAUCAAGUGAGCCAGUAAUGAGGAGAUCACAGAGACUGCAGCAGUUAACACAUGUACAGGAACCAGCAAGAUCCCUGCGCAGCAGAGAAGUUAGAGAAGAAAAAGCUCUGGAAGUCAAGCAAAGUAGCCAGGCAAAAAGACACUCUCACAGUGUUGCAGCAAAAGUGCUUAAAUCUGCUGGGGAGAAAAAAGAGCAGAAAAUGACAAAAAAAGCCCCAAACACCACAAAAGAGGACAAGGAAAUACGUGUAGAAGUGACCAGCUCUCUGAAAGAGAAAAAAUGUAAAGCAGACAGUAAAAAUGGUAGUUCCAACAGCUUUCAACAGAACCCUCAAGGGUCGUCAUCGUGUCCUGAUGAAAGCCUUGAGGAAGUCAAGAAAGACCAAAUGGACCCUGUAUCUCUGUCACAAUCUCCUAUUCCUAGCAACACAAAGACAGUGGAGACAGAUUCUCCUAAGCCAAAUUCGAAGACAGCAUCUAAGGAAAAACAAAUACAUCAGAAUGUAAAAACCAGUCCAAAACCAAAAAACACUUCACAGCCAUCUGUAAGUGAAACAAACGUGACUGAUCAAGCAGAGAGCAAUGCAAGAUCCAAAAGGGUAAGCAUCCUUGAACUCUGUGAAGAAAUCGCAGGUGAGAUUGAAUCGGAUACCGUGGAGGUGAAAAAAGAUUCCCCUAGUGCUGAGCCCAGCAAACCUGCAGAGAAGCUUGCUGAAGUGCAGCCUCCACAGGGUGAAAUGCUCACUCAGAAAGAACCCACUCAGAGUACUCAGUGCAAGCGCUUUUUCCCUAGCAAAAAAGGAAUGCCUGUCAAGUGCACCCUGAAUGGUAGAAAUAACUCCUCAAACAAAAACUCUAAAUGGACCAAAAUUAAGUUACUGAAAGCUAGUAAUGUGAAGCAAAGCAGCUUACACUCUGCAAAUGUCCCCAAGCUUUCUUUGUUGAAAGAUUACCCUGAAGUUUCAGAGGCAAGUCAGACAGCUACAGAAGCAGAGCUUUUGGAGGCACAAGGCAAGCUGUCAGUGAUGGGACUCUCUGAGGAUGAAAGUGCAACUGGUGUGCAGGAGAAGUCGGAGCCUUUCUCUGAAAGUGCUGGCACAAAAGAAGUGACAUUAGAAAUGAAGCAGCCCACAAAGAGAGGUGCAGAAAACGGCUUGGUGCAGAAUGUGACAAAACACGCGUGUGAGGGGAGCACAGAGGAGAACUUCCAAUUAUGUUUGGAAUCAAGUCCAGAAGUUUCUCCAGUAGAGCGUGUUACAGCUCCUAAACCACCAAAACAAUUAAAAAAAGAACCUGGAGAAGGUGAACAUCAAGGUAACUAUGUGGCUCCCAAGCAGCUGACACAAACUUCACUUACAAAUCAAACUUCUGAAACUGAGAACAGGGUUCCAUUGUCAAAUCCUUCAAUAGCAUCAAAAUGCAGUAGCCUACCACCUGAGGAACAUAUUCAGAAGUUAAAAGAAGCAGGAAAAGAUGGUGAUAAGCAACUGAUCAUAGAUGCAGGACAGAAGAGAUUUGGUGCUAUUUCCUGUAAUAUUUGUGGAAUGCUUUAUACUGUGUCAAAUCCAGAAGAUGAAACUCAACAUCUGCUAUUUCAUAACCAGUUCAUAAGUGCUGUAAAAUAUGUGGGUUGGAAAAAGGAGAGAAUUUUGGCCGAGUAUCCUGAUGGGAAGAUAAUAAUGGUUCUUCCUGAUGACCCAAAGUACGCCCUGAAAAAGGUUGAAGAAAUCAGAGAAAUGGUGGACAAUGACCUGGGAUUUCAGCAAGCCCCACUCAUGUGUUACUCCAGGACUAAAACUCUGCUUUUUAUUUCCAACGACAAAAAAGUUAUCGGCUGUUUAAUUGCAGAACACAUCCAGUGGGGCUACAGGGUUAUAGAGGAGAAGGUCCCAGAGGUGAGCUCGGAGAAGGAGAAGGUGAUAUUUGAGAGGCAGAAGGCCUGGUGCUGCUCCACCUCCCCAGAGCCUGCCAUCUGCGGGAUCAGCCGCAUCUGGGUGUUCAGCAUGAUGCGCCGCAGGAGGAUCGCCUCGCGGAUGAUCGAGUGUCUGAGAAGUAACUUCAUCUACGGCUCGUACCUGAGCAAGGAGGAGAUUGCUUUCUCUGACCCCACCCCUGACGGGAAGCUCUUUGCGACGCAGUACUGUGGCACGGGCCAGUUCCUGGUGUACAACUUCCUCAACGGCCAGCACCAGGCCUAG